AUGUUUUCACCAUUUGAAAUUGUUUUUGGCUUUAACCUAUUGUCACCUUUGGAUUUAACUUCUUUACCUUUGGGUGAACGUGUGAACUUAGAUGGCAAAAAGAAAGCAGAAUUUGUAAAGAUGAUUCAUGAAAAGGCACGGCUGAACAUUGAAAGGAGGACUAAACAAUAUGGUGACGGACCAUUUCAAGUAGUGGAACGCAUCAAUUAUAAUGCCUACAAGCUUGACUUACCAGGUGAGUAUGGUGUCAGUGCAAGCUUUAAUGUUGCUGAUUUGUCUCCUUUUGAUGUAGGUGAUUAUUUGAGGACAAAUCCUUCUCAAUGGGGGGAGAAUGAUGCAAACCAAGGAGCUGGACAUGUUAAUCAUACAAGUGGGAAUGGAGCUGAAUUUGCACAAGACCCUUUGUCACUUCCUAGUGGUCCAAUUACAAGACUUAGAGCCAAACGUUUCAAGGAAGCACUAAAUGGGCCAAUCUAA